AUGUUAUCCUACACGACUAAGAGAGUCCAGGCUGUCCUGGAACACCUCAAGGAGUUGGAUAGGAUCUCUCCACCCCAUGACAAGAAAAAGUUGAUGGAGGUUCCUGCUGCCCUUAAGGUUGUUUGUCUGAAGCCUACCAGAACGUUUGCUUACCUGAUGCAUCUGGCUUAUGAGGUCAUGUUGAAGUUCCAGGCAGUGACAGCCACUCUAGAGGAGAGAUGGAAAGAAAAGUCCAAGAUCCACUAUUGGAAGAAGAAGCAGCUUUUGAGGCUAUUGCAAUAG